AAGCCUAGAGGUGCGCAGUACUGGAAAAGGCCUUAGCUGCCACUUAAAGCGGGUGGAAGCAAGCCGGGCCCAGGUAGCCAGUGGAAAAGGGGAGUGCAAAGCUAAUCAAGACCAAGAAGGAUCCCAAGGGACACUCGGGCAAAGACACCCAAUGUCCCCAGCUUCUGAAGCUGAUCCUGGAAACUCCCAGUUGGUUUCACCCUCGCUCAACGUUCCUUGCUUCUGCCUGGCAGCCUCGCCCUUCACCAUCGAAUAUUGCGGGUGUUAUCAUAAUACCCUGAAGGGGGGGAAACGGGUCGGGGGAUGUAGGCGGUGCUGAAAUGACCGGCUUUGAAGAACCUGCAGGCAAAGUUUCGUCCAAUCGUCUGAGCCUGUUCUCUUAUUCCCGGUUGUAACUAAAUACUGCUGCGAGCGCAGCCGAAGCCCUUUGUUGGAGAUGUGUGAGCGCAGUCUCUACAGGGCGGGCUAUGUGGGCUCGCUUCUGAAUCUGCAGUCGCCUGACUCCUUCUACUUCUCCAACCUGCGGCCGAAUGGCGGCCAGCUGGCCGCUCCCCCCAUCUCAUACCCGCGAGGCGCGCUGCCCUGGGCCACCACGCCUGCCUCCUGCGCCCCAGCGCAGCCUGCCGGUGCCACGGCUUUCAGCAGCUUCUCGCAGCCCUACCUGGCUGGUUCCGGGCCGCUUGGCCUACAGCCCCUGGGCGCCAAGGACGGACCCGAGGAGCAGGCCAAGUUUUACGCGCCCGAUGUGGCUGCCGGGCCGGAGGACCGUGGCCGUGCGCGGCCGCCCUUCGUCCCCGAGCCUAGCCUGGCCCCCGCGGCCGCUGCUCUCAAAGCGGCCAAGUAUGAGUACGCGGGUGUGGGCCGCGCGGCAGCGGGCUCUGCAGCCCUGCUCGAGGGGACCCCCUGCGCUGCCGGCUUCAAGGAAGACGCCAAGGGCCCGCUCAACUUGAACAUGACAGUGCAGGCUGCGAGCGUCGCCUCUUGCCUGCGACCUUCGCUGCCCGACGGCCUGCCGUGGGGGGCGGCCCCAGGGAGGACCCGCAAGAAGCGGAAACCCUACACCAAGCAGCAGAUUGCGGAGCUGGAGAACGAAUUCCUCCUCAACGAAUUCAUCAACCGCCAGAAGCGCAAGGAAUUGUCCAACAGGCUGAACCUCAGCGACCAGCAGGUCAAAAUCUGGUUCCAGAACCGGCGUAUGAAAAAGAAGCGCGUGGUCCUGCGCGAGCAGGCUCUGGCGCUAUACUAGCCCCCCGCGUGGCCGCGGCUGGCCAGGCCUGCCUUUGAAAGCCGAGGCCUGGCGUGGAGGAAAAGCUGGCAGUAGGGGCUUUUCCUUCCGCUCCU